AUGGCUAGUGAGACUGUUGAACUUGCAUCUGAUCAAUCUACUACUACUACUACUACUCACGAGCAAUUUGUGAAACAAGAAAAGGACGAAUCUAUUGCAGAAAAGAUCAAUUCCCUAGCCAAUGAAGAUGGAGACAAACAUGAUGACAAGCCUGACGAUACGCAAGGUCAAGUUACUCCUACGUCCAACACAGAAGGAGAUGACGUGAAGGCUGAGCUUUCUGCAGUCGAGAUUGAAAAGUCUGAUGAUUCUUCAGUGUUGCAGGUUUCUGUUGAAGAUAAUCUGAAACCUGACAUAGUUGAUGAUGCACAAGAUCCAACUGUAGAGAAAGAAAAUGAAGAGAAGGUUGAGCCUGUUGUUGUGGUAGAAAAAAUUGAUGAUUCUGCGCCAUUAGAAGCUGUUGCAGAUGCAGUUACAGUCGCAGAUAAUCUGAAAGAGGAGAAGGAUCUGAUUCCUGAAUCACAGACUAUCAAUGUUGCAGAACCGGUACACGAUGCAGCAGUAGGCCAGCAAGACGAGCCACCAUCCACUGAACCUGCUGUGGAGGAAACACCACAGCAGAUAGAAAAGGAGCCUGCAGAAACAGAUGAAGAGAGUCAACCUAAGACAGGAGAUAUUCCAGAAGCUGAAACCAUUGAAAAAUCAGUUGACACUGCUGAAGAAUCAAGCAAUGCGGCUGAGACUAAUCAAUCUGAAAAAGAGUUGGUGAAACAGGCCGAAAUUUUGGAAACAAGUGCCGAAAAGGAAGAAAAGCCCGAGCCUGUGGCCACUGAAGAGAAGGAAAGGAAAAGACAACAGUGGAGAAAUCCGGAAGAGACCAAUAACAUUAAAGUGGAGCCUACGGAAAAAGGAGAAGACGAAUCUGUGGUUACUGAUGUUGAGCCUACAGAAACAGAAAAUGCAGAACCUGUGGUUACUGAAGUUGAAGAAAAUAAGAAAGAACCAGAACAGCAUUCAACAGAACAAAAGGAAAAGACGCAAUCAGACACAUUUGCUGCAAUUCCUGAACACUCUGCAGAGACCAGUGAUGCCAUUGCUGUAGAAGAAAAAACAAGAGAAAUAGAACAUGAGGCAGACCUAUUGAAAGAGACUAACAACGACGAAGUAGUGCCUACAGAAACAGAGAAGGCAGAGCCUGUGGGUACUGAAGUGGAUGAAAAGCAAAGUGAGCCAGAAAUUCAAAUAUUCAAACAAGAGGAAGAAGAGAAGCUAAAGGAAGCAGCUGAAGUUCAAGAACUAACCGCUGAUACAGUGGAGGUUAACCUUCCCAAAGACUCAGAUAUUGAGGUGGUGAAAGAGACUGAUAACUCAAAGUUGGAAGAGAACACAGAUACAGAUGCUCUGUCUAAUGGAGUGGAGGAAAAGUCAAGAGAACAAUUACAAGUAGGUGAGGAAAUUGGGGAAACUAAUAAGGAGGUGGAGCCAAAGGAAGCAACUGAAAAAAGUGAAGGAUCUCUAGAUGCCACAAUCAAAGACUCCAUAUCAUUCAAUGAAGAGAAAACUGAAAAGGGGGUGGAAAGUGAAACUAACACCACAGUGAAGACGACACAAGUUUCACUGAAUGUCAAAGCUCAGGAAAACCCUGCAAGUCUGGAGGAACCAUCUCAUGAAGUUGAAGAAAAGGUUGUUGAAGAAGAUGUCAAGAAAGAAUCAAGCUUUACUGAUGCGAUUGAGUCAAAAGAAGCGGCCAGUGAUACGGAGAACCCUACCAGUGUCGAGGAAAAGUUUGUUGUUGCUGCUGCAGAGGAUGAAAAGAAGGAAUCAGAAGCACCUGAUGCUGUCCAAGUAUCUUCAAGAGAGGUAGAGGUUGAUAUCAAGAAGCCUGAGGAACAGAAGGAUGCAACGGCAGCUAUACCUGAAGAAGGGAGUGUGAAUGUAGAGAGUGUGAAAAAUGAAGAAGUUGAUAACAAGAAAGAAGGAGAUGCUGACACAAAGGUGGAUGAAAUCUCUAAUGCUGUAAGUGCACCUGUUAGAGAAACACUGGCAUCUAAAUUUGAAGAAAAAGAAGAGGAGGAAUUUGUUAAAACUGGAGCAGCUAAUUUGGAGAAAGAACAAAUUGACGAGCCAGUGAAAACUGAGGUUGAAGCCACCAAGGAAAAUGAUACAACAAAGACAUCCAAGGACCUUCCAAAAGAAACUCCAACCAAGCCAGUUCAAAAGCAGUCAAAUAACAUCAUAUCAAAGGUAAAACAGUCACUAGUGAAAGCAAAGAAGGCUAUCACCGGAAAAUCUCCAUCUUCCAAAAAUCUGUCCUCAGAACCAAAGGGGGACAUUAAAGUCAAAUAAUGGGACUGAUUGAAUUAAGCUUGCAGAUUUUACAUAUUUGUUUUCUUUUUUUCAUUGUCGUCGGGUGCAUAGCAUUAUAUAUGUUGGCUUUUAUACAUUAUUUUAUUUUCCCUUGAAUUUGUUUGAAUGCAGAAAAGGUGUGCAGAGUGCAGUGUAUAUAGAAGAUGGUCUAGACCAUGCUUUAGGAAGUGCCUGUAAAAUUUGAUUGUUUUGUCCUGCUUUAUUCUUUAAAAUAUAUGCAGUUUGUUCUUGAUGGUUGUUUGAAAAAUGAAAGAAGCAAUUUUUUA